AUGGCUACUUUACCACCUUUCGCUGUCACGGUUCAUCCGUACAAGUCUCGCGUCAAGGGUGCGUGUGCCUACGAGCUAGGCGCAACUGCGGCCAAGAAUGCCGUCAUCUUUAUUGGCGGGCUCUUUGACGGACCUCACACCGUGCCGUAUAUUCGGACCGUGGCUAAGUUCGUUGCGGAAGCCGAGGACUUGGACUAUUCCAUCUUUGAAAUCCGGAUGCGAAGCUCGUUUACCGGGUUCGGCACGUCGAGCUUGAAGGAGGAUGUCGAGGAUAUCUCAGCACUCGUCAAAUAUCUGCGCUCCAUUGGCCGCGAAAAGGUUGUGUUGUUUGGUCACUCUACGGGCUGUCAGGAUUGUAUGGAAUAUGCCGACUACGAGAAACACGGGAGCAGUCCAGUGGAUGGUUUCGUCGUUCAGGCUCCCGUUUCGGACCGCGAGGCUCUGAAAAACGACUUUGCCAAUUUUGACGAGCUCCUUGCCGUCUCGGAGAAGAUGAUUGCAGACGGGCAGGAAAAAGAGUAUAUCCCUGCAAGACUGGUCCCGGCAGGUUUCGACGUACCCAUCACGGCCUACAGGUUGCAUUCGUUGCUUGCAAAGGGUGGCGACGAUGACUACUUUUCCUCGGAUCUUGACCAGGCAACUCGCGAAAAGUUCUGGGGUCGCUUCACCAGACCUGUCCUAGUGCUACACUCUGAAGAUGACGAGUAUGUCCCGGCCCAUGUUAGCCAGGAUGCUCUGCGCAAACUGUAUCGUGCUGCGAGUCCGCUGGUUAGUCCGCUGUCGGGGUCGAUUCCCGACGCCACACAUGCUGUUGCGAACGCUGCUGGAAAGGAAUGGCUCGCCAAGACUGUGGUCAAAUUUCUGCAGGGGCUGGAGUGA